AUGGCCUCUUCUCCAACACCAUCCUCCCCGCACUGCUCAGUGGAGAAAUAUGUAACAUGUUCCAUCUGCAUGGAUCAAUUUCAAGAUCCUGUCACCACACCUUGUGGCCACACCUUCUGCAAAACAUGCAUGAAUUUCAACUUUGACUAUAAUGACAGGAUGUGCCCACUGUGCAAACAGCUUCUGGCCAAAACCCCCAACGUGAACAUCGUCUUGAGGGACAUUGUCAACGAGUUGAAAAAGACCCUGGGCAAAGAUGAUAACCCGUGCAGUGGGGCACCAGGCGAAGUAUCAUGUGACACGUGCACCACUAAACCAAAGCUGAAGGCUGAGAAGUCUUGCGUGUGUCUUGCUUCAUACUGUUCGAUCCACCUGAAUAAUCAUUCGAUGAUAAAAAGGUUGAAAGGCCACAAGUUAGUGGAACCAGUGGAGAAUUUGGAUGACAGGGCUUGUCUGACUCAUGGACGCCCACUAGAGCUAUACAGCAGGAAGCAGCAGAGAUGCAUUUGUGUGUGCUGUAUGGACGAAUGCCAGAAGGAAGUGGUCUCUGCUGAACAGGAACGGGACAAGAAGAUGGCUAAGAUAGAAGAAACAACAAUCAAGCUAGAUGAGAAGAUCAAGGAAAGAAAAUCUAAAGUGGAUGAGAUUACCACAUGUCUCAACAACUGCAUGAAACAGCUGGACAAUGAGUGGUGGGAGAUUGAUGGUGUGUUCACAGCUGUGAUUAAUGUUGUAGAGGAAGCUCAGAGGAGAGCUCUUCAGCCACUGAUAGACAGAAGGACAUUCAUAAAGAAAGAGGCAAAAGAACUCAUAGACGAAAUGCAAGCAGAGAUCAGCAAACUAGAAGAGGCCAUCUCUGAGCUAGACCAGAUAUCUGCGCUCGAGGACCAUGUCCUUUUUCUGCAGCGUUACCCAUCACUUCAAGAUCUGGAUGAUGUUAAAGACUGGACAAAGGUAGAACUUGACACAUCACUGUGUUUUGGCACAAUGCGAAAAACCACAACAGCAAUGAUGAAACAAAUUCAACAGGAACUGGAGAAGCUGACCUCAACUGAACUUAAAAGAGUUCCAAAAUUUGCAGUGGACGUGAAGUUGGAUCCAAACACUGCUCACCGACGCCUCAUUGUUUCUGAUGACGGGAAAGAAGUGAGAGAUGGAGGUGAGGUCCAAGACGUACCUGAGGCUCCUGAAAGAUUUGACCUCUUUGGCAGUGUGCUAGGUCUGAACAGUUUGACCUCUGGGAAGUCUUACUGGGAGGUGGAGGUCAGCAACAAAACCGGAUGGGAUUUGGGUGUGGCAAGAGGCAAUGCUAGCCGCAAGGGGAAAAUAUCACUUAACCCAGAAAAUGGUUACUGGGUUACUGUACAUUAUGAAGAUGAAGAGUAUGCUGCCUUGACAGCUCCACCUGUGCGUCUUUCACUUAGCAAUCAACCUCAGAAGGUGGGGGUGUUUGUGGACUAUGAGGAGGGUCUCGUGACCUUCUAUGAUGCCACAGCCAAGUCCCACAUUUACUCAUUUACAGAGUUGGCAGUGAAAGAUGAAUUAUUCCCAUAUUUCAGCCCACAUCUUCAAGAAAAUGAGAAAAAUUCUGCUCCCCUGAUAAUCUGCACAGUUAACCCACAAAUGUUAGUUUGUGACAAUUGUGAUGAAAGCUGAAAAUGUUUCUUCUGUACAUAGUUGUUUCUUUUACAGUGUGCUGGCCUCAAACAACUAGUCAAACUCCUCCUACCCACAUCCUUCAAAUCCUCCACACCUUCUGUAAUGCACAACAGCUACUGUAGUGACAGCGUUGAGUGACACCACAGAGUCAUAAGAAACUGCAAUGCAUAGAAUCCAAAAUUUGUACUUGGGUUGGAACAUUUAAUGGAAAUCAUUGGUUCACUAGUCCACCACUAAU